AUGAAAGUUGUUCACGCUGUACAUGCUUAUUUGAGCAACGGCAUCCGGCGAGUUCGUCAGUCUCCUGCGGAAACCCUGGAUGCCGUAUGGGAUUUUGCCCGUCGUUAUUUCUUCACACUUGCCUUCCUGUCCUUAUUUUUGGCUAAAUUGCUGCAUCUUUACGCUCAUUUAUACUCCUUACCCCUACCCCGAUUCUUUCUAUGGGGCUUGACCUUCUUUUUUCAAGAUGUGAUGAUUCUACUCUUGUUCCGCAUUCUUUGCCAAAAGGUCGCGUGGCGACCGGGAGCCGCCGUACUGGCAAUCUUGGUUAUCCCCUCUAGUCUAAUCAUGUCCUUCAUGGCCGCCGCCAAUACCUCGUUUUAUGUCUUCACCGGGGCCGAGAUCCACUGGCGCCAAGCCAAAGCCUUCAAUGGGGAUGCCGCCGCCAUUCAUACCCUGCUCUCCGGCUUGACCGGCUUCUUGAUCGUCGAGGGAAUCCUGUUGACAAUCUCAUUGUUUGCGGCUCAUUCAAUUCAUGCCCUCACCGGAGGAAUCCUGCAUGUCUGGGCCUGGCCCGUUCGAUGGUUGUGGGCUCGUGUGCGACCGCACGUGGAGCCUCUGAUGCAGCGCUUCUGGCCCCGGUCCAAAUCCGAAGCCUCCGACCUGCCCGACCCUCGAAUCUAUGAACAGAUCAACAUGGACGACAAUGAUGACAUCAGUGACAAUGAAGAAGGGGACCAUCUGCUGAAUACCGCUCAAAUGCCCAACCGCCUUCCAGAGUCCAAGCGAGUUACCGAUGGGGUCCUCCAACGGAGCAUCAUCCUAGGGUUAUUCAGUCUCUUCCUGUUCCUCCGCUUCAUGCGACCGUGGGAUCCCAUCUAUAUGUACAUGUCAACUACCUUACCCUUGACAACGGUCAUCGAGGGCGCCGAGCGUCACUCCCCCGUCGAUACUACCGGCGUCCCCGGAAAUCUAAAUUAUCUAGAAAGGGCUACUGCAUUGCGCCCCGCACCCCAUUGGAGCUGGAUGUCAAAGGAACCCCUCAGCGGUUUUGAGGACUGGGAUCAAUCCGAUCCCCUGGCAGUGCACUACAACCCGAACGAGGACCCAUUGCAUAUCUCCAACCUUGACCAGCCCGUGCUGGAGGAGAUCCACAAGGCAUUGUCGAGCGGCGAGGUCAAGAUCAAGCAUGUCGUUUUCUUAAAACUCGAGAGUGCACGGGCCGAUAUCUUCCCGCUGCAAAAGGACAGCUUUAUGUACAAUCGCAUUGCGGAAUCUUGGAAGGACAAGAAGAUUCCCCAAGAGGUGGUGGACCGCCUGGCAAACCUCACCCGCACCGCCGAGUUUUUCACCAACUUCCCCACUGGAUUUGAGCACGAUGAUUCCCGUUUCGGCCGCAAAGCCUAUGGUGGCAUCAGCGCCAGGGAUGCCAUCACGAGCGCCACAUAUACCCUCAAGAGUUUGACCGGAAGUUUCUGUGGUGUGACCCCACUGGUCGCCGAUUUCAAUCGCGAAUUCGACCACCACAUCUACCAGCCCUGUCUGCCCCACAUCUUUGAUGCCCUCAGCCAGCAACCGGAUAUCACCAGCGAGACCGACGAUUUCACCAAGUGGCCGUGGCAUUCGACCUUUAUGAUGUCGGUCACCGAAACGUAUGACAACCAGGACAAAUUGACCCCCAUGUUGGGAUUCCGGGACAAACAGACCAAGGAGACCAUCAUUAAACCCGAAGCCAAGUAUUAUCCCGUCAAGAGUAAAGAGGUGAACUACUAUGGCUAUCCGGAAACCGAGCUUCGCGGGUACAUCCGUGAUGCCAUCGAUGAUGCGGAACGUGACCAUCAUCGUCUCUUCCUCAGCCACCUCACGAGCACCACUCAUCAUCCCUGGGGAGUUCCCAACGAUGCCUUUGAAGAGAUCAUGGGCUCCAAAUCCGGUUCGAACAACGAUAUGAAUCGCUACCUGAACUCGGUUGGUUAUGUGGAUGAUUGGCUCUCGGAACUCAUCGAUAUUCUGGAGGAGAAGGGAGUGGCCAAUGAGACCUUGUUCGUCAUGGCUGGAGAUCACGGUCUCUCCCUCCCCAACGAUGGCGGUAUCACUCCCUAUGAUAACCCCCACGUCGGCAGCUUCAAGGUUCCGAUCGUGAUUGCACACCCCCAACUGCCUCCCGUCCAGAUCGACACCCCAGUCAUCAACAGCCAAAUCGUCCCCACCAUCAUCGACUUGUUGAUCGAGUCGGCAUCCCUCAGCGAGGAUAGCACCCGGUCCGCCCGUGAUCUUCGCUCUUUGUACGAAGGUCAAUCCCUGAUCCGGCCCCAGGUCGUCGAGCAUGAGGGACGCGAGUCCUGGCAUUUCACCGUCAUGAACACAGGUGGCUCAUGGCUCUCCGUUCGUUCGGCCGCCCGGCCCGAGUUCCGCCUGGUGAUCCCCCUCGUCAACGACGUGGAAUGGCGUUUCUCCGAUGUUUCCAAGGACCCGAACGAGCUGAAGCCGAUCGAGCGUUUCAGUCUGGCUGAUCUAGCGGCCGCCGUCGGGCAAGAGUAUGAUGAAAAAACUCUCGAAUGGCUAUACAACGCCUCUUAUGUUGCCAAUUGGUGGGUCUUGGAGAACUGGGACCGAUGGAGAUACUCCCCAAAGGCCAAAGAAGAGGCCAAAGAGGAUAAGGGACACUAA